AUGGGAAAGCCACGGAUGAUCAUUCUGGUGCGCCAUGCGCAAUCGGAAGGCAACAAAAACCGCGAUAUUCACCAAACUAUCCCAGAUCACCGGGUGAAACUCACACCUGAAGGAUAUCGACAAGCACAAGAUGCAGGCCGUCGACUUCGGGAUCUUCUUCAUCCCGAUGAUAAACUUCACUUUUUCACCUCUCCCUACCGGCGGACAAGAGAGACUACCGAGGGUAUUCUUGAAUCCCUGACCUCCGAUACCCCUUCUCCUUCGCCUUUCUCGAGAAAUACGAUCAAAGUCUAUGAAGAACCUCGGCUGAGGGAACAAGACUUUGGUAAUUUUCAGCCAUGCUCCACAGAGAUGGAGCGCAUGUGGAUGGAGCGGGCAGACUACGGUCAUUUCUUCUACCGGAUUCCCAACGGCGAGUCUGCGGCAGAUGCCUAUGAUCGAGUCAGUGGGUUCAACGAGUCCCUCUGGCGCCUGUUUGGUGAGGACGAUUUCGCAAAUGUCUGUGUGCUUGUUACGCACGGGCUUAUGGCGCGAGUAUUUCUCAUGAAGUGGUACCACUGGAGUGUGGAAUACUUUGAGGACCUUCGCAACAUCAACCAUUGCGAGUUCCUAGUCUUGACCCACAAUCCAGAAAACGGCAAAUACACACUCCAGAACAAGUUGCGCACCUGGUCCGAUCUUCGAAAAGAACGAGAGCGUGAGAAUAUGGCUAAAGGGCAGGUCCCUGCGCCCAUCACGCCUGCUAGCCAGGCUGAGCAUAUCCCUAUUAGGCGCAAAUGGGGCGGAUGCCCCGAUGGCUGUACUCACGGCUUGUCUGCGGAUGGCAAGCAAGCGUUGCGAGCGAGUCUACUGAAUUCCGUGCGUCACGAGCCUAAUCAUGCCCAGCCAAGACAUGCCGAUGACCAUGUAUCUAACUUCGGCUCCAAACUUCACAAAUCAAUAUCCAUUGACGAGGUCGCAUCAUCCUCCGAAGAAAGUGCCGCCCAGAAUGAAAUCAGCCCCAAACCCAUUACUCGAUGCGUUUCCAGCCCGCACCGAGCGUUUCGCGACGAUGGCAUUGGUAAUCACCUGAAGCAUGAUUAUUCCAACACAGAAGCUCGACCAAAUAUCAACCCAAUCCACCCGAAACGAUUGAGCUACCAGGGACAGAACCGACACAGCGAGGACCAUCUCAUACACCCACCCAGCGCUUCGUCUUCAUCAUCGGCGCACCUGAAAUAUGCGCUUCUCCACCUGGGUGGCCGUGACGGCGGAGGCUCCAUGAGCGGAGCAAACAGCCUCGCCCCAUCCGACGACGAAGGCGACGACCACGAUCACCACCGCCAUGUCAGGCCAAUCUCGCCCAAUAUCACCACUGGCAAUUUGUCCCACGUGAAUCGCCAACAUUUCCAGACUCCAUCCAGCACGCAAGCCCAACGGUCAGCUCCUUCCCAGGAACUCGAGGAAGACGGCGACGACGAGAUGAGCGGUACUCCCAUCGAAAAAUUGAAGAAAUCACGGUUGCACCACCCUCACCAUCACCACCCGCACCACCAUCUUCCUCCUACCCACCCGGAGCACCGCAUGGCCAAUAUCCUCGGUGACGGGGACGAGUCCUCGGGUCAAUCAGAAUCCCAGACCCAAGGAGCAGAGAGUUCAUCAACAGAUUCCCCGACUCAUCUUCACAUCGAGGAAUUAUCUCUAGAGGAACAGCAAAAGGAAGACCAGAGUAUCCGUGGAAGCGUCUAUUAA